AUGAACUACAAUAAGUUUCUAUUGUUUGGGGACUCUCUAACGGAGUUUGCCUUCAACUCCUGGAUGGAGGAAGGCAAGCCGGACCAAUUUGUUCUUGGUGCCGCACUAUGCAAUGCCUACACCAGAAGAAUGGACAUUGUGCAGCGUGGUUUCUCUGGAUUCAACUCCAGGUGGGGCUUGAAAGUGCUGCCUGGUAUCUUGGAGAGCGAGUGUGGGAUUGUUGUUUCAACAAUUGCUUUUGGAUCGAACGAUCUAUGUCUUGGAGGACAUCAAAAGGUGCCUGAAGAGGAAUUUGUCUCCAAUAUCAAGAAGAUGAUUUUGUUAUUGAAGGCUAAAGACAUCAAGCCAAUCUUGGUUGGACCAGCGCUUAUUGACCAAGAAAGAUUCGAGGCGUCUAGACAGGAAGAAGUUCAAAAGGGCUACGUUCGUACGCCGGAGAGAUUUAAACUGUACUCAGAGCUGUUACACAAGGUUGCAGAUGAAGAAGAUGUCCCAAUGGUUGACUUAAAUGUCGCAUUCCAGCGAGAGGGCGGGGACAAGUGGCAAGAAUUGCUAUCAGAUGGCCUUCACUACUCCGGAAGUGGAUACAAGAUCUUUUUCGAUGAACUAAUGGCAACUAUAAGGAAAUUCUAUCCUGAGUACGCACCUGAAAAGAUGCAACGCAAGCUGCCCGAAUGGAGGAACGUCCUCGAGGAUGGCUCUAAUGUUCUUUAA